AUGUCGUCUUUGCGAAACUCCAUUCAGCGGCGCCCCCAUCGGGAGCGUGCGCAACCUCUGGAGCGCCGCCGCCUCGGUCUCCUCGAGAAGCACAAGGCACAGCUCAAGGCCCUCCGCGAAAAGGCCUCGGAGCGCAACGAAGAUGAAUUCUACUUCGGCAUGAUGUCGCGCAAGGGCCCCGGCGCCAAGAUCAACGUCGGCAGGAAGUGGAACGGCAGAGUCGAGGGCGAUCGCGGGAACAACAAGGGCAUGGACCAGGACACGGUGCGGCUGCUCAAGACGCAGGAUCUGGGAUACGUGCGCACGAUGAAGCAGGUCGCCGUCAAGGAGCUCGCGCGGUUAGAGCAGCAGGCCGUUUUAACAAAGGGCCUGGAUCAGCUGGACGAACAAGAUGAUGAUGAGGACGACGACGACGACUUUGAUCUCGACGACGAAAUUGACGGUUCGUCAAGACGGCGGUCAAGCGCAAACGCUCCCCGGAAAAUCGUGUUUCUAGACAACGAAGACGAGCGAGACGAAGCCCUACAAGCAGCCCAAGACGAAACCACGAAAAGAGAAGACCAAGACGAAGCAUUCGAAAGAUCAGAAAACCUCGGCCAACUCAAGCGCAAGCUCGAGCACUCGCGCAAAAAGGUCAAGGCGCUCAGGACCGCGGAGACCCAGCUUGAGGUCCAGCGCGCCAAGAUGGCCAAGACGGCCACUUCGGGCGGGACGACGAGGAGAGGGAAGAAGAUUAUGGUGCGGAAGAGGAAGCGGUAG